CCGCACCCCACCCCCCGUCCUCCUCCCCACCGUUUCCAACGCCGGAACCCUAGCUCCACCACCCCGAGGUCACCCAAAGCCCCCCCGCUCCCAUGGACACCAGCGGCGGGUCCGUCUUCAAGUCGCCGGCGACGGAGGAGGAGACGAUGGCGCGGAAGCGCUCCCGCCGCGUGAGCUUCGCGGACACCACCGCCGUGCACGUGUUCGACCGCGACGAGGACUUCGAGACGCCCCCGGACGAGCGCCCCGCCUCCCCGUCCCCAUCCCCCGGGAGGCCCCUCGCGGGCGACGCGGCGGAGGGCGACGAGACGGAGGGAGAGGACGAGUCACCGUUCGGUUGGCUCGGGGAUGUGGGUGUCAGUUCCGCCUCCCCCGGCAGCGCCGCCGGGUCCAUGUCCUCGUUCGAAGGAGAUGACAACUUCUUUGGGGUCGUGUCAGCAAGUUUUAUUCAAUCGGGGAGACCAUCAGAUUCUGGAAUGUCGGAGGACAAUGGCCAUGAUUUAACUUUAGAUUCCCACACGUUUUCUUUGCAUUUCAACAAUGUUAUUCCUCCAGAUGAUUGUUCACUCCACUCAGCUGGAAGUCUAAGGACACUCGGUCCGGAAUCUGCAACACCGCUAAAGGCACUGAAGGGAUCAGAGUCUGUAAAAUCGAGUGGUGGCCGCGAUGCAUUGACCGACAUGAGUUUGUGUGCAGAAAACCCUAAACGUUAUGAUUAUACUAACUUGUCACCCACAUUGAACAAUUUACUGCAAGAGGUCCAGGAACCAACGUCUCCUAAAGAUGAAACGAACUUUAUAACUGCCAAGCAUGCUUUGACACUGCCUGCAUUUGAGAAAGAACGCAGGCAAGAAAAAUCAUAUAUUGGCAAUGGUGUGUCUUCUGAUGAGCUGGGCUCCGUUAGUUCUCUUGAGGAGCACAUUACUAGUAGCUCUGAUCCGACCGGAGAAGACAAUGCAAUGGUAGUUGAUAUUCAUGAUAAAUCUCAGAUCAGUUUGCAGGAGAACUGCAGUGAUGACCAUAUAGCCGUUCACCCUGAUGUCAAUAGAACUGUAAAAACUGCUUCGUUGCUCUCUCCACCUCCACCUUAUGGGUCCUUCAUGAGUAAUACUGACUUGCAACCUCCUGUAUUGGAUCAAUCAUUGUCAAAAGAUGAACCACAUGGAGCAAAUCAAAUUGCAAGUGCAGUUCCUACCUUUUCAAUGAGGGAUGCUGAGCAGUUGCACCAGCAAAGUGAAAUCUUGAAUUCGGAAACUGUUUUACAUACUCCGAAAACACUAGUUCAGCCGUUGCAAAUUACGCAAGGUUCUGUAUCUUCCCUACGCUCCAAAAGGCAGCAAAUCUUCAGUCCUAUUGUUCAUGAGGAAUCUUCUUUGGGGAGUGAGUUUAUGAAACAUGGUAAGAGAAUUUCAGAUCUCGAUCAUGUACUAAAGUUCAAGCUUCAUGAAUCACCUGUAGCUCAUAAUCGUCGAUUACUGUUAGUUGAGAGAAAUGAGCUUGUUCAGGAACCACAUAACACAUUCAGCAAAGCUGAAGAUCAUGGCUGCACUGUGUCAGCUUCUUAUUCUGUUACGCCACAACAGCCAGAGAAAACCGGUCAGGCUUCUAUUCUAGGUGCUCCUCCAAGGCAGGAGCUGAGUGAGGCCACUGAGGUUCAGGAUACUCUGUGUGAUGUCCCUGCUUUGGGUAGCCUAGCAAAUCAUGAAUGCAAUUCUCAUAUGGAUGUGGAUGGCACUGGAAGAAAGAGGAGCUCUGAAGAAAAUGUCUGUGCUGAACAUUCAUUGCCUGAGAAAAGAGCAAAGGGACCUAGAAGCCCAAUAACAUCACUAAAACAACUUCCUUGUGUAUCAUUGUCUUCUCGUAUGGCAGAAGAAAGUCAGAGUGAGGCUCAUGAUAGUGCACAAUCAUUAAGUGAUGAUUGGAACAAGGUAGUAUUCAGUGUAUCUGAUUCCAUGAAGCAGAUGCAUAUACGCCCAGAAUCUAUUAGUAAGCUUAACCUACAACAGCUUGAUAUGUUAGGAGAUAUGCUGGAGAAGAUUCAUGUGGCUAGAACACAUAAGAGGCUUUCUGCUGCUGUGAGGAUUCAAGAUUCCAGACUAGCUGAGGCAAUGUCUCUCCAUGGCAAGCUUUCAUAUGAAAAGGCAAAACUGCAAAUAAAUCGUGUUAAACUUGAUAAACUGCGAAACAAAGCACAACUAUGUCAAGUUGGAAUUCAAGAAUGCCGCUAUUUGAAAUCCAAGAUUUCACAGCUUCGCCGUCCUACAAUGGGUGCUGCACAGAUGAAGGGAGGUCCUGUUUAUGCAGAAACUUCGAUUAAUACCUGUGACAGACUGGAAGGAAAUGCUAGGAUAACUGAAAAGAAGCUUGCACUCAGCAUGAUUCAACAGAAGGUGGAGAACCUCAAGAUUUCGCUUGAACAUUUUUGCAACAUUAAAGGUGAUAUUAGUGAAGUCCUCAGGGUUGCUGAAGAGCAAUUGAAGAUGAGAAAUCAGCGUCGUAUCAUCAACCAGCAAGCAUCGCUCUGGGAGUUGAAAGACAUUGUUAAAAGGGAAAAUAAGCGUGAUGUCAUUCUCAACUAUCGCAAUUUGCUCUUACAAAGGAUCAUCUUAAACCUUAGUGAUAUGUCAACCAUAUUUGUGAGUAACUCACUGAUGGGAACCAAAAUAGAAAAGGCAUUUCCAAAUUUGAAAGCAACUGUGGCAUUCAGUUUCAUUUUCAAAGCUGAGGAGAAUCAAAGACUUAGUGAUUUACGAUCCUUGCAGAAGAAGACAAUGGAAACAAGUUUGCUUCUCGGUAAUCUUAUUGAUGUCCUAGAAGAAAUCGAGGAUGCUAAAGGGGAAUUAUUGAGUCUGAUCUCUGCAGAUUUUAGUGUGGACUCCCAGACAGGGCAACUCAUCUUCAGUCUGCGCUUCAUCGGUUACAAGAGCGCCAAGAGGGUUGCUUUCACCAUUGAUAUGACAGACCUGAGCCACGCGGUGUACCCUUCUGAGCCAUCGGAGCUGCCGAUCAAGGUGUGGCAAGCUCAGACAACACUGUCGCAGCCAAACCUGGACAAGCUGAUGGCCUCCAUAAGGGACGACCUUCAGCCGGGGCGUGUGAUGAUCCUCAGGCUAUGCUGGAUGGUGUCCCGCCUGGUUAACACAUUGCCUGUCUGACCUUUGCCUGUCAGGCCGCCAAGUGCAAGCUGUGCAGGAGAUCUGAUCAUCUGAUGGGAUACCACCACCUUGUGUAAAUGCCGCCCUCGGAGCUGACCCUCUUCCUGAACGAUCUUGAGUAGGUAUUGUGCUGCAAAUGGAGUAGCCCAGUGUGCUCCUAAUCCUCCUGGUUGUUUGAGCAUCUUGUAUGGAGCAGGAGUUUCUUUGCAUGCUGAACGAAUGGCACCUGACGCGCUGCCAAGUGAAGCUGCCGUGGUAGAUAUAAUUUCCGUGAAUCUCGGUCAUAGAGAUACAAGCAACUAGCCAGAAAUUACGGUCUGGAAAGUGUGUGAGUUUGCACAAUAUUGGUGCAUUUUGCAUCUACAAGUGAGGAGUAGAUUGGUUAUGGAAA